GCUGUGGUCUAUCUUGGUUUAGUAUUUGGUACAACAAGGAUUUGUUGCAUUGAAAUCAGCUGCUGCAGCCAUGGUAACCUCUGAACGCUAAACAACGGGAAGUAGUUCUAAGCUAGCAAGACAAAGUGGCGCGACAUUUUGGAGAAUUCGAUUCGAAGUCAAUAACACUUUCCUUGAUGGACCUCCUAAACAUGAUACAACCAACUGUUUUUCUAGAGCUGACUUGAGCUUUUGGAUUUAGCUACUAGCUGGCUACAACCCAAAUAUUUAUGUUGGAGUCGGUGUUAGCUAACGUUAGCUAGCAACGACACGACCUCUCUUGGAAAGUAACCACAUUAGCCUUGUAGCUACUACUGACUCUAGCCGACAAAACCACGUGCGAAAAACUAUUCGUCAUGGCUUUUUAUGAAGUCUAUUCUCACCCGGCUUCAAUUAGAUACAAAACAAGCGUUUGCACCAAAGCCACGUUGUUUCUUGGUAUUGUCUUGUGUCUCACCUACAUCCCACCCCUCCUGGUUGCUUACAGGAGCCAAGGUAACAUCAGUCAAUUCCUAAAAAUGUAACUUAGGUAGCUAGCUCGAGUUGAACUCGAUUGUCUUGAAAUAGCUAGCUAUGGAAUUAUUCCGUUAGUACGUUUCUCAUGGUGGUAGAACGCCAGCAAGAUACUAUCAUCGCUAUCUAAUUGAAAUCAAUGUUGCAAUUCCUCUAUUGUUAACCGUAGCUAUAUGUUCUCGUUGUUGAUGACUCACUUUGAUUUGAUACAAUAUUAUGUUAUUCCCAUGCUCUAUUUAGGGUUCUGGGUGAAGAGGAGUACAUAUGAAGAGCAGCCUGUUGUUCGGUUCCAGUACAAGGCUCUGAUAAUUGCAGCAACAAGCACCAGUGGUGACUAUGUUGCGUGGAGCACCUUUCCCAAUUUUAAUAACAUGCAAGGGACUAACCUCAGAAUUCCUUCUAUCUCGGUAAGUGUGAAUAGUACUAUUAAGAUGGUGUUUCUUGAGUGACACAUAAAGAUCACUCACUGAUCUCUGGGAAUGUUGUGAAUGUGCAGGUGCGAGAGGAAGACCAGAAUCAGGAUGGGAAGUUGGACCGUUUGAAAUUCCGACUAGACCUUCCCCUUCGGCCUGAUGAGCAAGUGUACAGCAUCCAGCUACUACUCACCUUCUCCUACCAGCUGUUUGUAUGUCCCCCCCGCCCCCCUCAUUCAGUCAGACAUGAUGUCCAAUGCAUUCACUACAUCCAUACAGUUCCUCUCACUACUACAGUGUCUUUUUGUAUUUCACUUCUAUCUGUCUCUCUUAUCUCUUUGCAGAGAAUGUCCACUGUGGUGAUGCAGACAUUGGCCUUUGUGCAGCAUUCCUCCUCAGUUCCUGGCUCUCAGCUCUUCAUCAGUGGAGAUCUGCGGCUCCAGCAGAGAACCCCACUUCCACACCGUGGUCUACACACUGUAUACAAUGUGAGGGCACAUUCUCUCUCUCUCUGUAUCUCUCUCUCUCUCCGCAUUUCUCUCUCUCACACACACACACACACACAGCCACACAACACAAAGUAUUGUUAAUUGUAGACAUGGCCCUUAACCUGACACUGUAUUAGUGGUAGGGGCAACUUUGACCUACCCCUGCUGGGGCUUCAAUGAGCACAUGUAGGAAAUGGGGAUCUGUGAAACUCACUCCUCAGUCUGAAGUUUCUCCACUUGUGCGGCUGAAUAGCUAACUUUCCGAUGGUGCGACUUUGUAAGACGCUUCAGGGUUCGAGCAUCGGUAUGAGCCGAAUCAGGAGGUAGUGAUACUCGCUAAGCAAGCAGCGUGACAUCCUUUACACACAUACACUCACAACCCCAACCGUUUUUAUAACAAAGUAUACACUUAAACAAAGCUCCAUCAUUGUAGGAUGGACACUACAAGCAUAUACUCCCAAAAACCAAAUAUUGGUGUCAUACUUCAGUGCAACUGAAUAUGUCAUGACAGUGACAAACCUUACGUCCGGGAGUCUUAAUGGAUGUUUAAAUACUGCUUUGUGUACUUAACUUAUAUUUUGUGUACUUCUUGACUUAUAUUGUCCUCUGUUAUAAUCUAGGUAUCAGUAAUUGACGGAGCAAGUCCGUUUGCAAGCGCAUAUGAUCUUGCGAACGUCAUUGGAUCCUAUCAGGAUAGAAACUGUAAGUGGAAAUUCUCACUUGUCAUGUUUCUGUAAGGUGAUCACUGUUGAGUUGUAUCUGAUUAUACAUAAUUAGCCCACUUAUGUGUUGGCAUGCUAUUUCUCACUCUCACACUUCCUCUUUCUCACACAGUGACAACGUUUCUGUCCUGUCCGAGUCCAGUAUGGACUAUGGGUCGAGCUGCUGGUACUCCCUUCCAGAUAAAUGCUGAAGUCCGCUACCCAGUGGAGGUUAUUAGAUAUCCUUUAUUGUGUGUCUGUGUGUGUGAUGAAAGGACUUAUGAAAGGACUUACUUUCUCUAGUUUGUGUUAGAUGCAGCCCAACCAGUUUGACAAUGAACGUGCUUUGGAGAGUUCACAAAAGCCAGACAUCCAUGUUUACUUUCCUUAUUGUCUCUUUGUCUAUAUGAUUUUUUGCAAUGGUACCAUUGUUAUAUUCAAUAUUUAAUUGCAAAGCGGCAAACACACACACACAGUUUUUCCUUGACUGAGCCUCCACCUAUCGGCCUGGGUUCUGGGAGAUGAUCAAAUUUGCCUGGAUCCAGUACGUCAGUGUGCUGCUUAUCUUCCUCUGGGUUUUCAACAGGAUUCAGACCUUUGUUUUCCAGAAUCAGGUGGUACCGACUGUACCUAUACCACUCUUCAAACAGCACCACUCUUGA